UAACAUGAUAUAUUUUGGCAACUUAAAGACUUAAGUGGAAAAUGAGUAAAAAGACAGGACAAAAUUUGCCUGCGCAUAAAAAACAAGAAGAAGGCUGUUUUUAAGUCUUCAAGCCCAUACAUUGCACCUCACUGCGGUGCUCCAAAUCCGUACCAUAACGUAGGACCCACUUAUACUGACCUUUCCACGCGGCCCUGCCACAUCAUCCCAUCACGCACUUCCCGUGACGCGUGCACUACACAACUCAACAAAACAGUCCCUUGAUCCCCGACUCCCACGCUCGUGCCUUCUCCUUAGCCCCCCUCACGUGCACGCAUAAACGUGUCAGCAUCUCCUUCUCUCUGAAGUCAACUUAGUCGCCAGAUCCAACGGUCCAUAAACCCCUAUAAGUACACAACUCAAAAGCUCGGAACAGAAGCUUCAAGUUCAGCCCUUCCAAGACUUUUUCAUCAAGUUCUCACUCUAAUCAAUCAACCAAGCCAUGAAAUCUGUUCCACUGAGAACCGGUUCAUUUCCGAUCCAAUCAACGGUUCGGCCAGGCUCACCUAAAAUCUCUCUAACACGUUACGAUUCACCGACUAACAUCUUCUCCGGUGUUAGUUCUCCGAGAGAUUCGCUGCAUUUGGAUAUCAAUCAUCACCAGACAGGAGCUCCGAUUCGGAGGGCGUUGUCGGAGAGUAAUGUCAUCAGAUCGGAGAGGGAGGCUUCCAGAGGGCUGAAGAAGCCUUCCGGUGCUGGUUCGCGGUCUUUUCCGUCGAUGAUACCAGAGGUCGAGGAGCAUGUGUUUGGGGACAGGGUGGAUGAUUACGCUGGAAUCUGGCCGAAGAGCGGGAUUCCAUUGGAGGAGUUAGGUUUUUCCGGAGACGGAUUCGGUAAAUCCUCCGGCGGACAUGGGGGAAACGGCCGACAUGGGAGAAGCGGCGGUGAUGAUGUUAGCAAGAUGGGUGAUUAUUAUAAGCAAAUGUUGAAGUCAAACCCCAACGAUGCUUUGAUUCUAAGAAACUACGGAAAAUACUUACACGAGGUGGAGGGAGACGCGGAGAAAGCAGAGGAGUACUACGGGAGAGCAAUAUUGGCGAGUCCAGGAGACGGAGAGGUGUUGUCUUUGUAUGGGAAAUUAAUUUGGGAUGCAAAAAGGGAUGGGGAGAGAGCUAAAUCUUACUUUGAUCAAGCUGUUUUCGCCUCUCCUAAUGAUUGCAUGGUAUUGGGAUCGUAUGCAAGUUUUAUGUGGGAGGCAGAGGAAGGCGGUGAAGAGGAGGAGGAGGACAAGAGUGAAGUGUCAUCAGCAGCGGCCAUGGUUGCUGCAUUUUAGCAGAGGGACAGUCCCUUGAUUUUACAUUUUUAAAGAGGGAUUAUAUAACUAACGAACUUCAAUAAUUAACAAGAAGAAUAAGAAAAGGAGGGUUAUGUUACUCUAUUCUUGUAAUCUUAGAGGGAAGCUUCUUGCUUGCAUCCUGAAGCUGAGAGGGAGAGAAUGUGGGGUUUCUACUCGUCGUUUUACCCUUGCUUGAUGUUUGUAUAGUGUAAUCUGUCCAAAUCUAAAAUAUCUUCUCCUAA